UCGUGCCACGUCUUUCUUCUCACUCAUCUCAUCAACUCGAAGACUAUAGCUGCCGAAUCCGCAUUUUAUACUUCAAUUGCACUUUCUACGUCGCAUCCGCAGAGAGCGUCUCUUUCCGCAAACGUCACUCGGACAAAGCCACUGUCCGCGCCAUUCACCACUCGCCAUUGGCUAUCUGAAUUUUUUUUUUAUACAAGGGAAUAGCCUGAUUGUCUUAUCUCUUGGGGGAGGGGGAUCUUAAGUCUACAUCCUUAACUUCUUCACCCAAGGCGUGAAGCUCGCCCACCAUGCCCGGCCGUCUCCUCCCUAAUUUCGUCCGGCCCGUCGCCUCUUCUCUACACAAUUCUGCUACCGCUUCCACACACUCCAACAACUCUUCAUCGUCGUCAGUCAACGAAAUCUCCCACCAAACGGUGUCGCGGAAGCAACCCGCGAAUGCUCAUGCCGUGCAGGCUCUAAUCCCUGAGCGUCGUCUGUCGUUCUCCAUGGAAUCUCUCGAAUCUCUCAUCCACCCCCACAAGGAAAGCAAGGAGAAGCGCCGCAGCCUGGGGCGUUCGUCGCGGUCAAAGGAGCGUCCAGCAGCCAGAGACGAGUCUCAUCAGCCUCCGGCCCAGCUGGACGUCAUCUUCGAAUCCCCGCCUCUCGUCUUCUAUGGCAGUCCAGCAAACUCGAGCGGCGCUCUGAUGUCUGGCCGUCUCCUGAUCGAUGUGGCGGAGAUCCCUGGAGCGGUCACUCUCCAGAAGCUUGAGAUGCGCUUGACAUCCAGUAUCAGCACGAAGAAGCCAGUCUCGAGGGACUGCCCCAACUGUUCCACCCGCACAGAACCGCUGUGUGAGUGGGAUUUCUUGACAGAACCCGCCAAGCUGCAGCGCGGUAAACAUGACUAUCCUUUCAGUUACUUGUUCCCCGGCCAUCUCCCCGCUUCUGCCAAUGGCACACUGGGAGGGGUAGAAUAUAAGCUCUCGGCCAGGGCCCUGACCUCGACUGGAGAGGAGUUUACCUUCCAGACACCGUUGACGAUCCGUCGCGCCAUUCUGCCCGGAAAUGACAAGUCCUCCAUCCGCAUCUUCCCUCCCACUAAUCUCACCGGUCGGGUGGUGCUUCCUUCCGUCGUCCAUCCCAUUGGAACCUUCCCGGUUCAAAUGACUCUGAGCGGAGUGGUCGACAAGGGCGAGGAGACCCAGACGAGAUGGCGCCUACGAAAGAUGAUGUGGCGCAUUGAAGAGCACCAGAAGAUCAUCUCCACUGCUUGCGCGAAACAUGCUCACAAGGUCGGCGGGGAAGGAAAGGGAGUCCUGCACCAGGAAACCAGAAUCAUCGGACACAAUGAGGAGAAGAGUGGAUGGAAAACGGACUUCGACACCGCUGGAGGUGAGAUUACGAUGGAAUUCGAUGCGAACAUCAAACCUGGCUGCAACCCAGUGUGUGAUAUGGACGCCCCCGGUGGACUAGAGGUGAAGCACAAUCUGGUGAUCGAACUUAUCGUCGCCGAGGAGUUCUGCCCCAACCGCAACACCAAACUUAUCACGCCCACCGGAGCUGCCCGUGUUCUCCGGAUGCAGUUCCACCUGCACGUCACCGAGCGGAGUGGACUGGGCAUCAGCUGGGACGAGGAGAUGCCACCUGUCUACAACGAUGUACCUGCCAGCCCUCCCGGAUACGCGAUUUUGGACGUCAACAGCACCAUGGAAGAUUACCGAGGCUCUCCACUACCGCUCCCUGACUACCAGGACCUCGAGAGGAUGGAGCACUUGCGACUUGAUGGUGACUCCACCAGGUCCUCCCGACCAUCAAUGGAAAGCAUGGAGAGUCGUCCUCAGGAGAGGGCACGACUGACCACCGACGACCUCGUUGCCGGACCACCAAUUGAGACCAGAGGUCGUGCUCAUCCCGAAGACGAAGGCGACUCGUCUGAUGUCGCACAGGGUGUUGUACGGUGAAACCGCUCAUCUUUCGGUUUGCAAUAGUUCCAUCUGCAUCCCCUGUUUGGACUGCACCGGAACUCUUACGAAGUCAUGAAUCUGCUAUUAGUCAUUAAGACCGGGGGCCUGGUUCGCCUGUGUGCUUUGGGACAAUUAAAGUUGCUUGCG